GGGCGCCGCCACAACUUAACGCAACACUUCCGCUUCCAACAACACGACAAGGCAGCGUGAGAGUGCGCAUCAUUCACUGCCGCCAACAAUGGAGGGAAGGCUGCUAUUUUGUCCGAAGUGGCACGGCGCGCUUUGGUUUGGAAUUUUAAUGACAUUCUUUAUAUUUCAAGGCGCCAACACUGAAAUAACCUGCAGAUCAUGUUGGGUUGGAAAUCAGGGGCUUGCGCGGGAAUUGCUGUUGAAAUUUGAAAGUGCUUCAGGAUUAAAAGAAGAAGUUUUUGGACACAAUGAUGGGGCAGGGAGAUCCUGGGCUGCAGGUGCCGGAACUCGGAGGCUCCGUCGCGCAUCUUUGCCCGCAGAACGCGCGCCGCAUCGUGCAGAAGCGCUGAGACAUACGCGGAAUACAGAUGAUCACGUCGGCGAGAGACACUUUUCAAACAUCCAACAGUGCAGCAGCAGUGUCGGUGCCUGUAGAAAGCGUCCCAGAAGGAGCCGAGACGAUAGCAGAGUCGGACACCCUGCUUCUGGAAGCAGAGAGACGCGCUCCGAGCUGCGCUGGAGGGGAGAGGAGAGGAGAGUCGGCGGCUCCAGCCAGGAUGAGCUCAAACUUAACAGCUCCACCUUCGCCUUGACAGGGGAUUCAUCUCACAACCAAGCUAUGGUGCAUUGGUCUGGGCACAACAGCAGCGUGAUUUUAAUGCUGACCAAAUUAUUUGACUUCAACCUCAACAGCGUCACUGAGAGCUCACUAUGGAGGUCAACUGACUAUGGAGCAACAUACCAGAAACUGAAUGACAAAGUUGGAGCAAAGACAAUACUCAGUUAUUUGUACGUGAGCCCAAACAACAAAAGAAAGAUUAUGCUGCUAACUGAUCCUGAAGUGGAGAGCAGUCUUCUUAUUAGUUCGGAUGAGGGAGCCACAUACCAGAAAUACCGGCUGACCUUCUACAUCCUCAGCCUCCUCUUCCACCCUGAGCAAGAGGACUGGAUCCUGGCAUACAGUCAUGAGCAAAAGCUCUACAGCUCAAUGGAGUUUGGGAGGAGGUGGCAACUGGUGCAUGAAAGAGUGGCUCCCAAUCGUUUCUACUGGUCAAAAAUGGGUCUGGACAAGGAGCCGGGCUUGAUUCACCUGGAAACUGCCAUCUCUGAAGGACAGGCACUGUAUGUCACCUGCAAGCUGCAGAACUGCACAGAUGCCAACAAGGUCAAACCAUUCCCUGGCUACAUCGACCCCAAUUCUCUGGUGGUUCAAGAUGAGUAUGUGUUUGUCCAGGUUUCCACUGCAGGGAAGCCAAUCUACUAUGUGUCUGCAAAGAGAGAUGUCUUUACUCCAAUGAAACUGCCAAAGUACACUUUGCCCAAGGACCUGCAUGUGAUCAGUACGGAUGAAAAUCGUGUUGUGGCUGCUGUGCAGGAGUGGAACCAGAAUGAAACCUAUAAUUUGUAUGUGUCAGACACAUCAGGAGUUUAUUACACUCUGGCACUGGAGAAUGUUGUCAGUAGCAUGGGCCCUGAAGGAAAUAUGAUGGUUGAUCUAUAUGAGGUGGCAGGAAUAAAAGGGAUGUUCUUAGCCAACAAAAAGACGGAUAAGCAAGUGAAGACAUAUAUCACCUACAACAGAGGCAGAGACUGGCGGUUACUGCAGGCCCCAAACAAAGACCUGAGAGGCAAUAGCAUACACUGCAUGCUUCCAUAUUGUUCCUUACAUCUUCAUCUUCACGUUUCUGCAAAUCCCUACACAUCUGGAAACAUAGCGAGUAGAGACUCUGCGCCCGGAAUCAUUGUGGCAUCAGGUUCCUUUGGGUCGGAGCUCACCAACAGCAAUGUCAGUGUGUACAUCACUUCAGAUGCCGGGAACACAUGGAGACAGAUCUUCAAUGAAGAAUACGCAGUGCUGUACCUCGACCAAGGAGGAGCGUUAGUUGCUAUAAGACAUACACCGCUUCCCAUCAGACACCUGUGGUUGAGUUUUGACGAAGGGCGGCAGUGGAACAAGUACAGCUUCAUCAGUACCCCUCUGUUUGUGGACGGUGUGCUGGGAGAGCCCGGGGAAGAGACGCUCAUCAUGACGAUAUUUGGCCACGUCAGUCAUCGCUCAGAGUGGCAGUUGGUGAAAAUAGACUUCAGGUCAAUCUUCAACAGGAGAUGCACAGAGGCGGAUUAUCAGACGUGGCACCUUCACAAUCAGGGGGAGCCUUGCCUGAUGGGAGUGAAAAGAAUAUAUCGGAAGCUGAAGCCCACAUCUCGUUGCGUGAUGGGAAAGCUGUACUCAGUUUCAAUGGUGUCAGGACCCUGUGACUGCACGGAGGCUGACUUUGAAUGUGAUUAUGGUUACGAGAGACGGACUGAUGGAAAGUGUUCUCCCGCCUUUUGGUUCCAUCCAUCAGUGAUGCCCAGGAGAUGCACCACAGGGAUGACAUUCCUCAACAGCACUGGCUAUAGGAAGGUGGUAUCUAACAACUGUACAGCUGGAGUCAUUGUGGAAUACACAGCCAGGAGGCAGCAGUGUCCCAUGCAAGCGCCCAAAGGUCUUCACCUGGUCACCAGCGAGGGUGCGCUGACGGCUGCACAGGGCACCAAUGUCACCUUUCUUGUUUUUCUCGAGCAGGGUGAUGGGAAACGGACAAGCAUUACGCUGGACUUUGGGGACGGUCACGCUCUGACUUAUUCCAAUCUGAGCUCAAUUGAGGAUGGGAUCAAAUACAUCUACAAAACAGCUGGCAUCUACCGGGUGACUGCAGUGGGGGAGAAUAGCCUCGGCUCAGAGACUGCCAUUCUCUACCUACACAUAACAUGUCAGCUGGAGUACAUCCAUCUCUCAGCUCCCUUUGUGGCUGUAAGGAAUAAGGAGGUGAACCUGACAGCAGUGCUGUGGCCCAGCCAAGUGGGAACAGUAACCUAUAUCUGGUGGAUUGGAAAUAACACUGAGCAGCCCAUAAUCACCCUAGAGGGAAGUGUGACAUCCACGUUUUCCCGGGAAGGCAUAAGCACGGUGACUGUGCAGGUGUCUGUAGGGAAUACUAUUCUGCAGGACAGAAAGACUAUCUCCGUCCAUGAAUAUUUCCAAUCCCAUCUGCUGGCCUUUUCUUCAAAUCUGGAUGACCACAACCCUGAUGUUCCAGAAUGGAGAUUGGACGUGAGCCGAGUUAUCAAGAACUGUCUUAUCCAGGCCACAGAUGUGAGUGGGGAUCAGCUCCUGGUCACGGUCCUCCCAGGCUUGCCUACAACAGCGGAGCUUUUCCUCUUGCUUGACAAACAGUCCAUUGAAGCGAAAGCAGAGAAGAACGCUGCUCAUUUGAACGAAUUGUCUGAAAUUAUGCUGAGUGCCUUGAAUCAAAACCUGGUUAAGUUUACUCUCCGGCCUGGGGUCCAGGUCACAGUCUUUGCAGCACACCUGUCAGCAGCGCCCCUAGUGGACAGCAACGAGAACCACAGUACCUCUGCCAUGCUAAUGCUGCUAUCAGUUGUGGUUGCGGGUUUAGCUGUAUUUGUCAUCUACAAAUUCAAGAGGAAGAUCCCAGGCCUCAACGUCUAUGCGCAGAUGCAGAACGAAAAGGAACAAGAAAUGAUGAGUCCAGCUAAUCCAAUAGAAGCCACGGCCAGCUCCCGGCAGGACUUGGUUCAUUCUUUGGAGACUCUGGACACAGCAUUUAACUCACAGCCCAUCGGAUGUAAGAAACCUCAUGUUCAUGUGAAAUUCUCCACAGAACUCCCCACGUAUGUUGUCUAAACUUUGGACUGGACCACCACAUCGUUUUAUAAAUCAUUUGGGACGCUAUGGUUUUGAGCUUUAUACCUGUGCAUGUUGUUUACACACUAGAAGAAACUAUGGACACAUUAUCGUUUCCUUUAAACAUGCUGUAUAUCAUAUGACACGUUUUUACCGAGUCAUCUACUGAGAGAAGUCAUCACCACGAUGCUGAGUUCAAUGACAGCAUGAUGGAAAAGGGUGACAGACGUUAAGAAGUAAUGUUAUGGUUUUGCCUACAUGUACACAAUUUCUUUAUAUGAUAUGAGAAGCAAAUAGCAGCAGUAUAUAUAAAAACAGUGUAUUAUUUAUUCAUAUAAAUAUGCAUUUGUUAUUGACGUGAAUUACACCUAAUUUGUAAAAUAUGACUGUCAAUAUAUGUUAAUAAUGUAUGUAUUUCAAUAACAAGUGUUAUCCAAAACGGAAAUGUUGCUAUUCACUAUGAAUAAGGUACUUUACAACCUCCAGUAUUUCUUGGAAAGCAAAGUUAUGGCACAAUAUACAUUUUCUAUUGAAAUUGUAACUUAUUCACGGUGGGGUUAGUUUUUUUUCUUUAUUUUUUUUAUUCAUUUUCUUUUUAAGCUCACGCUUCCGGUAAUGCAUAUAAUACUUAACGAUUUUUAAAUGUAAGAUACAGCACAUAUUCCUGCAGGCUAUAUGAAUGGUUCGCUUGUUCCGUCUGGAACUCGUUUUGACCAUGGACGCAGAAUCUUGGAUAUUAUGCACAUCCUCUCAGAUAACUCGUUUUGGUAGGAGAAGCAGGGCAGGAUAUUUCCGGAAAGAUAAAACGAAAUUUUCUGCAUACCCUUUCAUAUCAGUAGUUAAAACCCUGAGAGGAUUUUUUUUUUAUUUUUAUUUUUUGCUUUCAAAUGUUUAUGUACCGGAAUUUCUGGUGUAUUAGACUGUUUUUGGCGCGCACAAGUCCGUGAGGACCAGGCAGCUCUUUAUUUGACAGUAGCCAGUCAUGAGCUAUGAAAAAACCCACAACACAUUGGUGAUUGCACGAGGUCAUUAGAUAGACAGACAGACAGACAGACAGACAGACAGACAGACAGAUAGCAUUUCAUUGGAGGACAAGCAGCAUAGAAAAUGGAUGGAUGGCUGCCGAAGCCCUGCAAUGCUGCCUCUGUCCAGCAGAGGAGCCCAGAGGGAGGCUGACGUCAUUACAGCGCCCCUACAGGCACCAUUAAAAUGCUUUGCUUGGAUGAAAUGCAUUUUGGGAAAAGUUAAAAUAGUUUUUUUUAUUUAUUUUUAUUUUAAACUUGUAUUGGUACCUGUAUUGUAUAUUUCCUCGCUACUUUUUGAGUGUUAAGAUGCUGCGUGAUGAUUUUUCUGUUCUUUGUAAGAUGACACCGUGAGUCAGACUGUCAUAUUGAGUCAUGACCUGCUGCAAUUUCCAAUGGGUUGACAAGCUCGCUGUGAGUUCACUGAUAGCUUGUGGUUGGCUCCUGCCAAAGAAAGACCUGGCGCUUCCUCACUGACUCGCGAGCGACACAGUCUUUAAACGAUUAGUAGUAGUUCUGAAGCAAAGGAGAUGUCACGAGAUUAGAACUUAGCCAUAAAUUAGCCGCACCGCUGUAUAAGCCGCAGGGUUCAAAGUUUAAAACAAAGGUAGCGGUUUAUACACAGGAAAUUACGAUAUAUAUCAUAUUAUAUGCCUUUGUUUUUUUGACUGAAUUGAAAUGUUUAGGUUUCUAUUUUUUGGUAGCUACAAAUUGGAACAAAUCAAAGGUCGAAGGCUUAUGUUCAACUGACAAGGACGGGGGGGGUGAUUGUAAGGGCCCAUGACUCAUAGGGCCCAAGAAAAUAGCAAAACAUUAACAACUGUUGUUGGUGGGCCCCAUAUCCCUGAGAGUUUCUAUUCAGAAUGUGUUAUGUGCGCCAUUCACAGGGCAGGCAUUGCUUUCAUUUCAAUGUAUCAAAAGCUUAAUUUUGGUUCAUUAACACUUUAAAUAUUUUAAAUUAUCGAUAACCGCUUAGCCCAAUUUUGAGGCCCAAUUCCAAAAUAAUGGAGAGAGAAGGACUCUCACCUGCCCUCAACACAAGACAGAGGAAAUGACUCACCCAGAUAAGAUCAGGAGGUUGGUUGUUAUAAGCGCCUACCAGGUGAAGGCCAGUCUGUGCAGACAGGAAGUGCUGUUACGAGAAACGACGUCGGUCUCCUUGUUAUGAUACAUUGUAAUGUGACAGAACCCAAGCGUGUGCUAACCGGCCCUCUCUCUUAGUGCUACACUCUUUUUCACCAUCUCCGCCCCCCUGCAGAAUUAGUAAGAUUAUUUUUUUAGAGAAAUACUACUAAUAAUAAUAAAAAAUACAUUUAUAAAUAAACUGUACAGCUUUUGUAUAAGAACAAAUGUUAAGGUGUAAUGUUUUGUUUCAAUCAACUGUGCUGUGUGUAAUUGUUUGAUGCAUUUACAAUCAUAUUUAUUAAAUGGGAAGAACUCCGUUAACUGUGUUUUUCUUUUCCUGCAGUGAUUAUUAUGGAUUUGGAAAAGUAAUGUCUGUCAUUAAACCUGUUAGGCUCCAUUUGCCUCCUGGGUAGCGCAGCAAAGUAACACUGUAGCUAAUUGUGAAUAAAAUCUUGGUUGGUAAAAAU